AUGUCAAUAUUAAUAUUAUACUUCGUUCUAUUUUAUCAAUGUAUUCUUUGUGUUUUUGGUUGGGGGCCAAUUGGUCAUAGUCUUGUUGCACGUCUUGCUCAAAGUCAAUUAGAUGCAUCGACUAAUAAUUGGAUUUAUAAUUAUAUACCAUCGGAUUUAUCAGGUAAUUUAAGUGCAAUUGCAUCAUGGCCUGAUAUAAUACUUUAUCGAGAUACAAAUCCAUUAGAUUAUACUAA